AUGAAUAGUCGGUCGCCGACAAAGAGUCCACCGAAGAAAAAAAUUGCAGCAGUGCAGCAGUCUGUGAAUCGCGAGAAAACCUCUCCAUAUAAAUUGCGAGAUACCUCCAAGCUCCCAUCGCGAUACAGGGACGAUGAAAUUGAUGUUCCUCCGCUGCGAGUGCGGACCCCUGGAAAACAUCGAACACCGUUAAAAGCUUCUGCAGUGCACAUUCCUGGUCCCGGCUCGUCAGCACGACGAGUUUUGGAUACAAGUGUCCUUCAUAGUUCAUCUCAUCAGGGCUUACAUGACCCUGGGCCUCUCCAAGAGAAUGUAUCUCACUCCAACCCGAUCGUUACUCGCAGAAGUGGGCAGCUGGCGGAACUGCAAAAGAUGGAGAGACUUCCUAUCGAUAGGAAAUCCCCUAUUAUGCUUUUGAAUACUGCCGACGUAAACGCCUCAUCUUUCGCACCAAUUCGCAACGAGUUGCAAACAACAUCAUAUGUAGCGCCCACUGUUGUGACAAGACACUCUACAGGCUAUCGACAAUCUGCUAAAGCUGUCGCGAGGGUAGUGGAGGAAUCUUACUCAAAUACUCCAGAAUCAUCGCGAUCUUCUUUCGAUGACGAUGCUACGGAAGCGAGUCGAAAUGCACUGCUGAAGAAGAUUGCUCGGCAUAAAUCACAGAACGAAAUUGGUUCUGAACUUCAGUGCAGCUUGAGGCGUAUCCGAAAUCUGCUGAAACUUCCAAAGGCUCGUCGAUGGGUAAUUUGCGAGUUCUUCUAUUCUGGUAUAGAUGAACAGCUUUUCUUGGGUGAAAAUGAGUUCAGAUUACUUAUUCGAGAAGCUUUUCCGAAUUUGAAGACCACGUUGAUGAACAAGCAGGAAUGGCGCGUCGUUCGUCGCCUUCUAGGUAAGCCGCGACGAUGUAGCAUGACGUUUUUCGAUGAAGAACGGCGUAUACUUGAUCAAAGAAGACGAAAAGUGCGCGGAAUUUAUGAUGGCUCUUAUACCUCCAUGGCAAGCUGCGAUAUUAGCGACAUGCCGCCAAAUCUGCCGGCACCACUGGUCGUGGGAAUGAAGGUUUACGCAAGAUUGAGAACCCCAAAGGAUGGUAUUUACGGUGGUACAAUUGACGCUCUUGUUUCUGGGGGAGGUGGUUACCGGAUUGUUUUCGAUAAGGAAGACAUGAUACCUCCCGCUUUCGUACCGGAUUACGAGGUUAUGUACGACGGUUCCUUGGAACUACUUUCUCUUUCUUAUUUCUUGCAACAGAAUAAUGCACGGUUGCCUAUUACAGUGAGCUCAACACGAACUGUACCCAUCACUUAUCCAAUAAAGCAACGAAAAUCUGCUGAAGUGAAUCAUGAAAAGGUCGGCAAUUUCCCGGUUCGAAUGCUAGUUAUUCUGGUGAAAGUAGCAAAGCUGUUGGAUAUCAAAAGGAAACUGGUUAGAACUCUAACUGAACUGAAUAACGAAGCCGAGAGGGAAAGUAUACUAACGGACAAGUUUGCUCCUGUAUUUCAAGAGAGGUAUGCUAGAACCGUUGUUGAUUUGGAAACAGUAAAUCGACAAGUGAAUAUCUACCUUAAUGGAAUACAAGAAUAUAAUACACAACUCCUUCCUCAGCUCAGUGAGAUUAGCGUUAGCGCUCGUCCAGAAGCAUUGCGUCGAAUGUGUGUUUCGCAUGCUAAUCAGAUCUUUAAACACUGCAACCGUGACUUGAAUGUAUCUAACCCACAAGCCGUGCGACUUAUUACUGCUCUAACGUCACUUUUACUACAGAUUCGCUCACUUGGACAACAGAAAAUGACUCCUAUGGAUCUCACUGCCUUAAGCGAGUCUAUCAAUGAAAUUCGACAAAUGAUCUCUCCGAAGAACUACAAUUGCUUCCAGGAUCAUGUAGAAGUACAUAUGAGGCAAGUACACAGCGUAAUGCUAAAAAGUGGCCCAGUUGCAUCUUAA